CGCGCACAGGAAAGCCCCGCGGCGCCAGGCAGCUCUGGGCCCUUCGCGCUCGCGCGCCGCCGGCGGAUGGAGCAGGAGCGCGCAGGCACCUUCGCAUGUCCCAAUGGGGUGGCCGUGCCCUGGGCUCCUGUUUCCUGUGAGCUGCCUGAUCCUGGUGUGGGUGACCGGCUCUGGGAGCAUCAAGGUCCUGAACCAGCCCACCUGCUUCUCCGAUUACCUCAAUGUCUCCACCUGCGAGUGGCAACUGGACCGGCCUGUUGGCUGUGGCACCGAGCUCCACCUGUCCUACUGGCUGGACUUCGAGUUCUUUGAAAACCGCACUUGUGUCCCCAAGAACAGCGCGGACACGGCGUGUGUGUGCUACAUGCUCACAGAUGACCUGAUCAAGACGGACACUUACAGGCUGGACCUGUGGGCCGGGCAGCAGCUGCUGUGGGGCGGCUCCUUCCAGCCCAGCGAGCAUGUGAAACCCAGGGCCCCAGGGAACCUCACGGUUCAUGGCAACAUCUCCAAUACAUGGCUGCUGACAUGGAGUAACCCGUACCCGCCGGGAAGCUACUUGUACAAGGGACUCACUUACCUGGUCAACAUUUCCAGGGAAGACAACCCGGCAGAUUUCAAAGUUCAUAAUGUGACUUACAUGGACCCCAUCCUCCGCCUGGCGGCCAGCACCCUGAAGCCCAGGGUGUCCUACAGCGCCCGGGUGAAGGCCCGGGCCCAGAACUACAACAGCAUGUGGAGCGAGUGGAGCCCCAGCGCCAAGUGGCACAAUGACUACCAGGUGCCCCUGGUGCAGCACCUCCAUGUGGGCGUGAGCAUCUCCUGCGUCCUCAUUGUGGUCAUCUGCCUGUCCUGCUAUUUUGGCAUCAUCAAGAUUAAGAAAGUGUGGUGGGACCAGAUUCCCAACCCAGCCCGCAGCCCCCUGGUGGCUGUCAUCAUCCAGGACUCUCAGGUGUCACCGUGGGAGAAGCGGUCUCGAGGUCAGGAAGCGACAAAGUGCCCACGUUGGAAGACUUGUCUGACCAAGCUCCUUCCCUGUCUCCUGGAGCAUGGCGUAAAAAGGGACCAGGAUUUCACAAAGGCUGCCAUACACAGGAACUUCCAGAGCCCGGGAAAGCAAGCAUGCCUCAUGGAGGCCAACAAGAGGAUCCUGUGUCCAGAGAACAUCAGUGUGGUGCGCUGUGUGGAGCUGUUUGAGGCCCCUGUGGCUAGCGGGGAAAAGGAGGAAGAGGAGGAGGACAAUGGGAACCUUUGCACAUCCCCAGAGGGCAGUGGGGGUGGCUUUCAGGAUGGACGGGAAGGCAUCAUGGCCCAGCUGACAGAGAGCCUGUUCCUGGACCUUCUAGGGGCUGAGGCUGGGGGCUUGGGGCAGCUGGGCCCAGAGGUGUCAGGCUUCCCUCUGCCUGCAGAGGCUCAAGUGCCCUUGACCUGCAUCCCUGGCCAGGAGCCAUCUUUGGCCAGCUGGGCCUGCACUCCGGUGCCCACGGUCAUUGCAGACAACCCUGCCUACCGCAGCUUCAGUGACUUCCAAAGCGAGUCCCCGAGCCCUACAGAGCUGGAGCCAGACCCAGAAAGGCCUGUUCACCUGGAGGAAGAGGUCAACACUGGCCCCUGGGACCCCCAGCCUGAGCCAGAGAGCUGGGAGCAAGUGCUCCGUCAGCGAGUUCUGCAGCUUGGGGCAGUUGUGGUCCCCCCCUCAGUCACGGCCAGUGGCUACCGACAGUUUGAGCAGGUGGUGGAACAGGCCCGGGACCAGGACCUGGACAGUGGGGUGAGAGCCAAGGCCGGGUACACGGCCCUGUCCAGCCUUCUCACCAGCAAUGCCACCUGCACAGCAACAUCAGGACCUGGGGCUGGCAGUGGGGAUGGAGGAUAUAAGCCCUUCCAGAGCCUCAUUCCUGACUGUCCCCAGGACCCUGCCACAGUCCCCAGGCCCUUUUUCACCUUCGGACUGGACAUGGAGCCGUCUCAUGGUGCUCAGGACUCUUUUGUUUCCAUCAGCUCCGCAGAGUGCCUUGGUCUGGAGCCAGCAAAGGGAGAGGAUAGGCAGAAGCCCACACUCACCCUAGAACAGGCCCCAGAGUCCCCCCAGGAUGACCUGGGCAGUGGUAUUGUCUACUCAGCCCUUACCUGUCACCUGUGUGGCCGCCUCAAGCAAUGUCACAGCCAGAAGGAGAGUGGCCAGGCCCACGCUGUGGCCAGUCCUUGCUGUGGCUGCUGCUGCAGAGACAGAGCCUCACUUUUGGGGAGUCCUGUGGGGACCCCAAACCCCACUUCAGGGGGCCUUCUGUCAGCAGCCAACCUGACCCCAGCAUCCCUGGUCCCCCUGGGCGUGUCCACAGAGGGGAAGGCCUUGCUGUCCUGUCAGCCUACAAGUGCCCAGAGCUCAAGCCAGAUGCCCAACGUGGCAGAUCUGGCCAGCACAGAUCCCCUGUGCAUGAGGGUAUCCUAGGAGCAGGCCUCCUGUCACUGAGGUCUGCAGGUAAGGACAGGGCAUACCUGAGAAGUGUGGCUUCUGGAGAAGCAGCUGGGCUGACAGGUCUCCAAGGACUUGGAGAACUUCAGAGUGAAAGUGUGAACUCAACCUAACGCUUUGACUUCAGAGGCUACACCCCUUCCCCACCACUGGCCCAGGCUCACCACCUCUCCCAGGGCUCAGGGGUAUCUGAGUGGCUGUGUCCCCAUGACAGCGCUGCAAAGAUCAGGAGGUCCCCAGACUCCUCGGCUUGUGAGUGAGUCAUUGAACACGCUGUCUACAGCUUCUGCCACAGACCGUCCUUGUCCUACCAGCCCAAGACACAUGCUGCCCACCAAAGAAGCUACUCCGUAGCCAAAGCUUCCACGGCUCCUGAGAUCAGCUGCCUGCAUCUCACCAACUGGGAAGCUGAGCCUAGAAAUUCACAAAGCCGAGGGGGUGUCGUUGGAGGUAUUAAAAUGAACAGGAAACAAGCUAGCAGGACAGUCACCGGCCCACAGGGGUGCAGUCAUUCAGAAACCUCUGAAUCAAAGCCAAAGGCAACACAGAAGGGCAGGAAAAAUCGCAAUGACCCAUGACGGCAUGGCUGCCAGGUGCCUAUGAAUCACUGUAAGAUUGGGGCCGUUCUGAAGCAUAGGGUCCCCAGAGUAAACUAAGGCAGCUGCUCUGUGUCCAGUCCCAGCAGAGGCCACUGUAGGUAGCCACAGUGAGACCGUAAAGGAAUGGCUGUGUCUCGUGAUCCUUGCUGGGGCCAGCCAUGCAGAAGAAAUCCAGACAACAGAUGGUUACACAAUCCACCCUGCACAUUGGUGGACGUCGGGGGGCUAGGAAGGCAGGGACCAGGUUGAGCUUUGUCACUUGGUCUCUGUCACUUGGGUGGAGCAUGGCUGGGUGGGACUUUACCUGAUUUUCGCUGAUUAAACAAGCGUACUGCCGGGUGCUGUGAUGAGCUGCUUGGUCUCUUUGCUUAGUGAGCCCUUCCAUCAGGAGGACACAGGGCUAAGCAGUUUGCAAAUUCUGAGACAAGGAUUCGAGUGCACUUGGUUGGCUUAAGAGGUGUCCCCAAAACGCUGAUAGGGGCACCAGGAAGUGAAUCGAGGAAGCUAGGAGCCCUCUGCUACGGGGUGUUAUCAAACAUUACCAGGACUGGCACCAAGGGCAGGGUCCUGACUCUGAAUCCUGGUAGACCAUGCACCGUGAGCAG